GCCGGCCCUGCCCGCGGGCGCAGGAGGGCGCGGGGGAUGUCGGCCACGUGCGCCGUGUCCCGGAAAGCGCCGCUGCCGAGGCCGCGUCCCCAGGGAGAGAGGGAGCCGCCCGCCAAGGUGAUGCGCAGGGGGCCGCGGCGAGGCCGCGAGGAGGAGCGGGAGCAAUUGCCGUGGCCCGGAGAGAGCCCGAGCGGCAUGGGCGCGGAGGCCGAGGCGGAGCGGGCGGCAGCGCUGAGCGACGAACGGCGGAGGCGGCCGCCUCUGGAGCCGAGGGCGCCGACGGCGCCGACGACGGCAGUGGCCAGGGCGGCGGAGGAGGAGGAACGUCUGGAGCGGGAACAUUUUCGGAGGAUCAUCAACGCUUUCCGAUAUUACGGAACGAAUAUGCAUGAACGAGUGAACAGAACAGAGAGGCAGUUUAAGUCUCUCCCAGCUAACCAACAGAGUCUUCUUCCUCAAUUUCUCCCUCACCUUGACAAGAUUCGGAAGUGCAUUGAUCAUAAUCAAGAAAUACUACAAACCAUUGUGAAUGACUGUGUUCAUAUGUUUGAAAAUAAGGAAUAUGGAGAAGAUGGAAGUGGGAAGAUUACACCAGCUUCAACAUUUGACAUGGAUAAAUUAAAGUCCACAUUGAAGCAAUUUGUGAGAGACUGGAGUGAAGAGGGAAAGUCGGAGAGGGAUUCUUGCUACCAGCCAAUUAUUAGUGAAAUUGUAAAGAACUUUCCAAAAGAAAGAUGGGAUUUCUCCAAAGUUAAUAUCCUGGUACCUGGUGCUGGGCUAGGUAGAUUGGCGUGGGAAAUAGCUAUGCUCGGUUAUGCUUGCCAAGGAAAUGAAUGGAGCCUCUUUAUGCUCUUUUCUUCUAACUUUGUACUCAACAGAUGCUCUCAAAUUAAUUCAUGUAAGCUUUAUCCCUGGAUUCAUCAAUUUAGCAAUAACAGAAGAUCUGCUGAUCAGAUACGACCAAUUUAUUUCCCAGAUGUUGAUCCUCACAGUCUUCCUUCUGGUUCAAACUUCUCUAUGACAGCAGGGGAUUUUCAGGAAAUUUAUUCUGAGUGCAAUACGUGGGACUGCGUAGCAACUUGCUUUUUCAUAGACACAGCACAUAAUGUUAUUGAUUAUAUUGAUACUAUAUGGAAAAUACUAAAGCCUGGAGGAAUAUGGAUAAAUGUAGGUCCUCUGCUUUACCAUUUUGAAAACUUGGGAAAUGAACUUUCAAUAGAAUUAAGCUACGAGGAUAUAAAAAAUGUUAUCCUGCAAUAUGGAUUCCAUAUAGAGGUGGAGAAAGAAUCUGUACUGUCAACUUACACUGUGAAUGAACUCUCCAUGAUGAAAUACUACUAUGAAUGUGUGUUGUUUGUGGUGAGAAAACCAGAAUAGUAGUGAUUUGAAUAGGUUAAUGAGAAAAUACUGUUAGCUUGAAAGCUAGAAAUGAGAAUAAAAUCAUAUGGUGAUGUAUGGACACAACCUCAAAUCAGUGGUGCCUUCUUGUUCCUAAGAGGAUAUAGAUAGUGUCUAUUUUCUUAAUAUCUCUAUUGCUAUUCAGACAUGUACUACGCCCUGGAUAUUCAUAAUACACUUUUGAAAGAUUAAAUGUUCACAUGCACUGUCUUUGUGCUUUGGAAUGCAUUAAAUAUAAAAGCAGAAGUGCUUUCUUGAGAAUAAAAUUUAAUGUUUGCCAUAACUAGGCUAAUUCUCUGCUGAUGCUGCCUCAUUUUUCAUAGAUUUAUAGUGCUUUUUUUUCCUACUUGAUGAUAUUAGGAAUGCAUGGAGGUGCUUACUGUACUAGCUGUAUCACUUUUAGAGAAGUAUUUGUAAAUGUAUACUUAAAUUUUGAAGUCUGAAAUGUUUGGGAAAUGGUAAAAUUAUUCUUGAACAGAUAAAUUAGUCAACUGUUAGAGCAUUUCCUGUGCAACUGAAGUAAAGUAGAAUAUUAUACAAAUUCUGAUCUUUGGCUGUACCACUGUUAAAGGUUUAAUCAAAACCCAGAACUGAUAGGAAAUUAGAAAUGCUAUGUGAAAGCAGAAUACUGAAGAAAAAAGCAGACUAUCACAGAGGAGCAGUAUGUUAACCUCAGUUGAGGAAAACACUGGUCUUGAUUGAUCUUAAUGUUGGAGCUGAAAUGUGUUAGAUGCUUUGCCUUCUUGAAAUAACACUUGAGUCAUCUUCUACUGUUUAAGCCAGAACUUUUAAAGUUGCUAAACACAACUGAGUUAUCCAUGCAAUGUGUAGGUAGUACAACAUAAAAAUACCUGUCAGAGCAGUGAAGUUACAUGGAAAUAUGUGCUGUAACCUAAUAACUUCCACCUGAGCCAGGGUAUGCAGGCCAAAUGGUAGACAAUUUCCUUGUAACUUCACUUUACCCCUUUACUUCUUGGUUCCUCCGACUAAUAUGGUUUUUUUCCUAACAGAUGUGGCUUAGGUGACUGUUUAAUCUACAAGUCAUGAUACUAUUCAAAAGGCUGUCAUGUCACAUAGAAUCUCAUGUCACUUUGAAGUUACAUAAGAAAUGAGAAAAACCUUAAUUAACAGUCUGAGAUGAGGUGUCAUGUUAGUCAUCCUGUUUGCAUAAUAUAUUGAUUACCUUAAGUGCCAUUUGGAUUCAUGUUCAAAAAAAUGUUUAAAAUAUUAAACCGUUAUGGUGAGGGCUGAAUUUUUGUUUUCUUCUUUGGCUAAAAGGACACUGGUCAGUAUGUUGUUUGUUUCUCAUUAUUUUUUGUCCUGUCUUUCAUGGUGAUGUCCUAAUCACAUCUCUUUAAUAGAUUGGUUACUGGCUUUUCAGUUUCUCUAGUCAAGGCCAGAAAUUUGUGCCUUUAUUCCUAAACUGAAAAUCGGCAAGGAGGGAAAACAAACUUUUUUUAGAAAAUAUUUUCAACACUGCAUAAGAGAGUGCAUGCUCCUAUAUGUUUCAGUAUUAUGUUUCUUUCUGCACAGAAUUCUGAUUGAGAACAGAGCCUUCUGCUCUACAGAAGCUUUUAAGUUUGGCUUAAACUACUCUUCUAUGAACUCUGGUAUUUCUAAAAGUGCAUGAACUCAGUUUUUCUCUGUUCCAAGAGAGAUGUGUUCAAAGAUUAAACACUGCUAUUCAACUAAUAAUUUGAAAAUAAAAGUCCUUGUGUGGCUAAAAGUAAAACAAAGCAUGUGUUUGCUUUACAAAAGUAAAGCAAACACAUGCUUUAAUUUCCUCAUCGUACCAUUUAAUUUUUGAGAUAAUUUGUAAUUCUUUGCUUUCAUUACACUUUUCUUCUCUUAGGUAGAAUAUGAAUAGUAAUUUACUUGAUUUUUGAGCUUCUUGAAAUAAGCCAGAGGUUAGCUGAAUGUCAGUUUUGCCGAGUAGCAUAUCUGUUUGUAAUACUACCCAUUUAUUGGCCCAUACACUCUGUAAUUUGAAAUGUGCUGUUCUGUUUUUCAAAAUAAAGCAGUGGAACUCUUUA